AUGCUCCUUCUGUGGUCUCAGUUUCUAAGUGUGAUACGAAAUCCGUAUACCAGGUGUUCAGCAUCCUCUCGCGAUACUUCAUCGAGAGGCGCAAAACGACAGAAGAUAAUGAAAACGCGGGGUUUCUGAAAAAAAAUGUCAGGUUCCGAAAUGCAUGAACAAGUCCAAUAUGCUGUGAUGGAAUGGCCCACAGAUGGCAAUCAAGUGUCAAUUCUACAUUUGAAACAUAUUAUCUCGCCAAAGAAAGCUUGGAAUAGCUAUAAUAAAGGUGAUGUUGGGAGGAGUAAAUAUCCCGGUGCCAAUGGCGAGUGGCCAUUCAUAAUUCACGGAGUUGGAGCUUCCAGAAAAGAUCUGGAACCUUUAAUGGAAAGAGUAAUGAGGCCACAGACUGAUGAUGUUUCAACUGAAGAAACUUCAGAGUGUCUACCUGAGAUUAAAACUAAAAAAAGAAAAAAGAAUAUUGAAGAUAAAGAGAAUAGUUCCAAAAAAGCAAAGACAAAUGUAACAAAUGAAAAAAGUCCUGAGAGAUCGGCUGCUGCCGCCAUAUUGAAGAUGAGAGCUGCUAGUGGUAACAUCUCACUAGUAAAUGACAAUGAAUUGAAUGAUUCCAACACAAAUCAGAUUAAUCCUGUAUCAUCACUGACUGUUCCAGUUGCGCCUGGUGGAGAAACAAACGGGCCAAGAGCUGCAAGUAACACAGCAGUCAUCCCGGAAUCCUUCACAAGUAGCCCAUUAGCACUUAAGCUUCCAGUAAGGACUGUUGGAGAUCAUGGUGAUAGAAACUUUUCAGCAGAAAGGCCAAGAGCUCCAAGUAACACAGCAGUUACCCCUGAUUCCUUCACAUGUAGCCCAUCAACAGUUCAGCUGCCAGUAAGGACUAUUGGAGAUCAUGGUGAUGGAAACUUUUCAGCAGAAAGGCCAAGAGCUCCAAGUAACACAGCAGUUACCCCUGAUUCCUUCACAAGUAGCCCAUCAACAGUUCAGCUGCCAGUAAGGACUGUUGGAGAUCAUGGUGAUGGAAACUUUUCACCAGGAAGGCCAAGAGCUUCGAGUAACACAGCAGUUACCCCUGAUUCCUUCACAAGUAGCCCAUCAACAGUUCAGCUGCCAGUAAGGACUGUUGGAGAUCAUGGUGAUGGAAACUUUUCACCAGGAAGGCCAAGAGCUUCGAGUAACACAGCAGUUACCCCUGAUUCCUUCACAAGUAGCCCAUCAACAGUUCAGCUGCCAGUAAGGACUGUUGGAGAUCAUGGUGAUGGAAACUUUUCACCAGGAAGGCCAAGAGCUUCGAGUAACACAGCAGUUACCCCUGAUUCCUUCACAUGUAGCCCAUCAACAGUUCAGCUGCCAGCAAAUAAUAUCAGUCCCUAUGAUUAUGAAUAUGGGAGUCACCAGAGUGAGAUGAUGUACAGAUAUCCAGAUUGCAGUUCUCUUCAGUGGACAGGGGGUCAUGUUUCUAGUGCUUUCAAUACAUUGUAUAAUGGAAGUAACUGCCAUGAAUGCUGCAACACGAUUUCAUUCCUUAAAAUGAAAUUGGAAAGCCUGGAGAGGGAGCUUGAGAAAGUUAAAUCCAAAUGCAAGCGUGUCAGUACCAGUACUCCAUCCCCAAGUAAUUCAAUCCCUGAAAAGCCUGAAGUGUCCACAGCAUCUUUGGAGGAGGAGAUUGAAAAUGUGGUGUGCAAGGCUCCAUGCUUAACUUCGGCUGUGAAGCAGGUGCUUUUGCACUCAUUUUCCAUUCAAGAACUGAUGAAUUCAUCGGUUAUGGGGCAUAAGAAUGUGAAGGCCAGGGACAAAAGAGGCCUUGACUCGACAAGGAGGUCCAAAAUUGAACAAGCUUUGUGCAAACACUUUGGAAAAGAUUUAGCUGUGGUGAGGGGAAAGAUCAGAGACAGACUGAAAUUGAUAAGAAGGGCUUACAGUGGGCUGGAGGAAGGCCCAAAAAAUUAAUCAAUAGUUUCUGAGGCACUGCCCCAUCAAUUCAACAUUGAAUAAUUUAUUUUAUUUUAAUUUAUUUUAUUUUAUUUUAAAGGAGUUAUUAUCCAGUCUUCAUAAAUGCUAAGAUGGACUUUUUUAUCAGAAAAAUAAUACAUUUCUUCUUAAUUUUAUUAAUUAACUUUUAAAUAAAUGUUUGGAGUAACAUUAUUUAAAGUUGAAUAAAUAUUACAACCAAUUUCAGGGAACAAAAAUUAAGAAUUCGUAUAUAUUAUCAUUUUAUUGAACAAAUGGCUUAAAAAAGGUGUUAAACCUGCUUCAAAAAAAAGGCUGCUUGCUGCAUUGAAUUUUGAUUUUUUUUGGUCUGAGAAACUAUUGAUUAAUUUUUUUUGGCCUAAGAAUAUUGCCAAAGUGAUCAAGUGUUGGAGUAUGAUAUAUAUUAUUUAAAAUGAAAGUCACAGAGCUCCAGAUGUAGUGCGUUUUUGUAGAAAUACAAAAAAUUGAAAACAUUGAAUGUUAUGAAUAUCUAUUCUAUUGUGGUGUAUUAGUACAGUUACCCUGUAAUGAAAUUAUUGAUUCUGAUUUAGUAUUGCAUUAUACCAAUUAUUGUGAAAGUUGAGAAAAUAUAUUUAUUGUGGUAAAUUACUACAUUGACAUUGAAAUGUAACUAUUAAUUCCAAUUUGGUGUAUACAAUAGCAGUUACUGUAUUAUUGUAAUUGUUUAUUACAUACUUCAGUUUACAUCUACGAUAAAGAUAUUAAAUUGUGAAAAAGUUAAUUUGUUACAUCUACUGUAAAUAUUUGUACAUUUUUAGCAUAUUUCUCUA